AUGAACCAAAGUAGUAAUAUUUUGUCUAAAUUAAAAAAAAAGAAAAAAAAGGACAAUGAGUUGCUAAAUGAAGAAUUAAAUAAAAUUGAGGAGAAAUGGAUCAAAACAGAUAACGAUAUAAAUGAAAAAUCUGCAACAACAUCCAAGAGAGAAGAAAUUUUAGAGAUUAUACAAAAGCAAAAUGAAUUUAAAAAUAUAAAAACAACGUCCUCUGACGAAAGUGAAAAAAGUGAAAAAAAGAAGAAAACAAAUAUUAUAAAAAAUGAUAAAGAUCUGUUAAAAGAUUUACAAAAACAGAUUGAUGAAAAAAAGCUACAAAUGGAAAAACUAAAUAGGGAAAACGUGAAGAGAGAAGAAAUCGAAACUUUGUAUUUCACAGAAAUUGAAAAAAAGCAAAAGGAGGAAGAAAAAAAUAUUAUUUUGAAGAAUAAAGAAAGCGCACUAAUAAUAAAGAAUCAAAUUCAGGAAAAUUUUUUGAGGAAACAAGAAGAAGAGAGAAUGAAAAUAAUUGAGGGAAAACUAAUGCAAAAACAGUUUGAGAAGAAUAAAAUUGAAGAAUUGGAGAAGAAAAAAGAAAAGGUAGAAGAGCAGCAAAUUCUGUACAGCUAUAUUCUUGAAAAAAAUAAGGAACACAUUGAAGCUGUGAAUGCGCGAAAAACAGAAGAAAAGAUAAAAGACGCGGAAUAUAUAAAAUACCAGGUGGAAAAGGCAAAGAGAGAAAAGGAACACGAUGAAAAAAUGAAACGAGAAAAAGAAGAAAAAGAAAAAGAAAUUCAUGAAAUACGAAUGAAACAGAAAAAAAAUGUGGAAUUACAAGCUCAUUUUGACGAAAUACAAGCUAUUAAGUGGCAAAAGGAAGCCAAGCGGAAGGAAGAAGAAAAAAGACUUUUGGAGGAAGAAGAAAAAAAAAAGAAAAUAGAGGAAUUAAAAAAAUCUAGACUAGUUGCAAUGGAAUUGAAAAAGAAGAAAAAAAUAGAGCUAAUAAGGGAAGGCCAAAUAGAGGCAGAGAAUUCGAAAAAAAUACACCAACUAUAUGAAAAGGAAAAAUUAGAAAACAUAGAAAAAGAGAAAUUGAAGAAAAUAGAUUAUUAUGAGAAUUUAACCAAACUCGUUAAUUUAAAAAAAAAAACAAAUAAACAAAAAAUAAAAAAAAAAUGA